GGCGACGGUGGAUAAGGAUCUCUAGCGGCGGUCGUUCGGCACGCGACGAUGGUUGCGGCGGUAGUGGUCGUGGUCGUGGUGGUGGUCGUGGCGGUCGUGGUGUUGGUGGUGAUGCUGUCGUCGGAAGAAGGAAAGCACUGGCGGCGCCGCAGUGUCAUGCAACGGGAUCGAUGUUUUCUUCCUGGUGGAGUGAUGGGUACGAGUCGUCGCGGUAGUAGUUCGGGUUCGCACUCUGGGCCGCUGUCGAAGAAGGCACUCUACAUGCGCAGCCAUGUAGGAAUGGGUGCUUUCCUGCUCUGCUCUAACUGCUACUAUAACUACUCCAUCCGAUUCUCGGGACUCUCUAUCUAUCCAACGUGGAUUCUCCCGAGGUUUCGUCAGAGGAGGGAUGUUGGGGCUUAUGAUUUACGAUGAAGCCCGGCGACGGAUGGGUGGAAGAAUGGAUGGGUGGAUGGAUGGGGUGGAGAUCAUGAUAAUACCCAGUACCCUACGCAGAGUAGAGUGCAGUGCACACUCUAAAUCCCCAAGUUAGGCAUGAGCAGAGUUGCCAGUGCCCGCACUCGCAGUCCGCAGGGCCACAGGCCGGAGGCGGCAUGUCGCAGACUCGCAGGCGGCAUCCCAUCCCAGCCGGCAUCCCAUCCCAGCCGGCCAUUUCUCUCCUCUCCUCUCCUCUCCUCUCCAUCCUCCCCGUCCAUCCAUCCUCUUAUCGCUCCAAC